AUGAAACUUUCUUUCCAUCUCGGUCUGUCACAGCUCACCCUGCUCUCCCUCGCCUUCCUCUGCCCCAUCCCACCCACAGUCACAUCGUACCCCCAGCCCCCCCCCGGGCUCCAGCCCACAGUGGAUGGAGCUCAGCUAGGGUCCGACCUGCUGCACCUCCAGGCUGCUCUGGAGGACCCGAUGGCGGAGUGGCUCUUCCGGCCUGAAACCUGGGCCGAGUGGCUUCAAGACUCCUGGGAAGCUCUGCUGAAGCGCAGGGAGGAGACGAAGGAGGGCCGGUCCUGGGAGGCAGAGGCAUUGCGGAGGGCCCAGAGAGGAGACCUGUUAGACCGGCUGCUGUCACCCUUCCCCGGGGGUCACUCCCUGGAGAGCAUGAACUAUCAGGAAGGAGGUGAUGCGGAGGAUGGAGGCAAGAGGAACGAAGCUUUGACCUCCAUCGCCGGAGGUCUGCAGGCCGUGAGCCGCGAGAAAGGAGGAUUCGGCUUCCGCUUUGGGAGAAAAAGAUGGACUGACAGGGGAUGGAUGGAUUAAGGGAGGAGAGAAUACGUUGAACUGAUGAGGGAAGGAAAAGGCAGAUAAUUCAGUAAAUGGCAUUCUGUCAAUAGAAGGGUGGUGAUACACUCAGCAACAAAGAUGGCCCUUAGCAACAUGAUCCCAAAGUGUAUUUACAUUUUUAAUGGCACCAUAUUGUUGCUGGAAAGGUUGCCCUGUGGAUCACUGCCUUAAAAAAUAAGCGAGUUGCAGGUGGCACUUAAGUUUAAAAAAAAAUCAAGACACAGAUAUUUAUUACUUCCUCUACAAUCACCCUA